AUGACGAACAUAGUCUCAAAAGCCAGAGAGCAAUGCUGCCGCAAUGCCACUGAAGAAGGCACCUCGAGAACCUGCCUGCCGUCCCGCCACCAGCACCAAGAGCCACCAGCAACAGCAGAUGAUGGAAAACUGUCCUUUGAUGAAUUCAAAGCUUACUUUGCUGAUGGAGUUCUGAGUGAAGAAGAACUGCAUGAACUUUUUCACACGAUCGAUACACACAAUACUGACAAUCUUGACACAGAAGAGCUCUCCGAAUAUUUUUCCCAGCACUUAGGAGAGUAUGAAAAUGUUCUAUCUGUCUUGGAAGACUUAAACAUAAGCAUACUGAAGGCAAUGGACAAAACAAAGAAAGACUAUCAGGAAGCUUCUAAUCUGGAGCAGUUUGUGACUCGCUUUCUUUUGAAGGAAACACUGAACCAGCUUCAGUCCCUCCAGAGCUCCCUGGAGUGUGCCAUGGAAACCACGGAGGAGCAGACUCGGCAGGAGAGACAAGGCUCAACAGAACCAGAAGCGCUCUCAAUUCAAUGGCCAGGAAAACGCUCAGUUCGAAGGCUUCAGAGGAACAACAGCCUGUUGCCGAAUAGCCCUCAUUUUAGCACAGGUUGGAUUGAGGAAGACAGCCAGUGGAUGACCCAGAUAAACAGACUCCAAAAGCUGAUUGACAGGCUGGAAAAGAAGGACCUAAAGCUUGAGCCAUUUGAAGAGGAAGUUUUAGAAGAAAAUGCAAAAUCUCACAUAAUGAUUGUUCAGCGUCAAAUGUCUGUGAUAGAAGAAGAAAUCGAGGAGUUCCGGCUUGCUCUGAAGCAGUACGUGGAAUCUGCUUGUGCUCAGGGUGGCUGCUUGCAUGUUUCCAUACAGAAGCUUCCAAGUGACUCUCGCUUCACCAUCUAUGAGUUCUGGGAGAACAGCAAUGUCUGGAAUACUCACCUUCAAAUGAAUUACAGCAAGACAUUCCAAAGAAGUAACGUGGACUUCUUGGAAACUCCAGAGCUCAUCACAACAAUGCUAGUCCCUGCAUCGUGGUGGGUCCUCAAUAACAACUAGAAGCUGUGGUUCUAAGUAAUGUUAACGUUGCAUUGUUUUUCAUUACAAUAACAUUCAUAUAGCACUGUACAGGUGCGCUGGGUUCUGAAUUUAUGAUGUGAUGCUGUUUGUUAUUAUAGAUGUGAUCUUUUCCAUUUUAAAAUACGGAAGAAUGCACAUUUGUUACCUUCUCUUCCUGUGACUAGUUCAGUGAAAUGAUGCAUUCUAAAAGCUGAAAUAACUAUGCUAAACUGUUUAUUGUGUAUAUUCAGUCCAAACUGUCACAGAAAAAUGUAUCU